AUGUGGCAACGCCGCAGGUGCUUUUCCCCUCCACCUCGUUCCCCUCCAGGGGAGCCACUGGUGACCGCUGCCAAUGCCUGCAGGUCGAGCACGGAGCUGCGCAAAGAGAAAUCCCGGGAUGCGGCGCGCAGCCGGCGCAGCCAGGAGACCGAGGUGCUGUACCAGCUGGCACACACGCUGCCCUUCGCGCGCGGGGUCAGCGCCCACCUGGACAAGGCCUCCAUCAUGCGCCUGACCAUCAGCUACCUGCGCAUGCACCGCCUCUGCGCCGCAGGGGAGUGGAGCCAGGUGGGAGAGCCACUGGAUGCUUGCUACCUGAAAGCCCUGGAGGGCUUCGUCAUGGUGCUCACUGCUGAGGGAGACAUGGCUUACCUCUCAGAGAACGUCAGCAGGCACCUGGGCCUCAGCCAGCUGGAGCUCAUUGGACAUAGCAUCUUUGAUUUCGUCCAUCCCUGUGACCAGGAAGAGCUGCAGGAUGCUCUGACACCCCCACAGAACCUGUCCAAGAAGAAGCUGGAGGCCUCCACACAGCGCUGCUUCUCACUGCGGAUGAAGAGCACCCUCACGAGCCGCGGGCGCACCCUCAACCUCAAGGCAGCCACCUGGAAGGUCCUGCACUGUUCUGGACACUUGAGAGUCUACAAGCCCCCUGCACAGACCUCCCCCGCCAGGAGCCCCCGCCGCGAGCCUCCAAUGCAGUGCCUGGUGCUCAUCUGUGAUGCCAUCCCCCACCCAGGCAGCCUGGAGCCCCCCUUGGGCCGCGGGGCCUUCCUCAGCCGGCACAGCCUGGACAUGAAGUUCACCUACUGCGACGAGAGGAUCGCCGAAGUGGCGGGCUACAGGCCCACUGACCUGAUCGGCUGCUCGGCCUACGAGUACAUCCAUGCUCUGGACUCGGACGCGGUGGGCCAGACCAUCCAUACCUUGCUGAACAAGGGCCAGGCUGUCACUGGCCAGUAUCGCUUCCUAGCCCGAAGCGGCGGCUACCUGUGGACCCAGACGCAGGCCACAGUGGUGUCAGGGGGCCGGGGCCCCCAGUCUGAGAGCAUCGUCUGCGUCCACUUCCUGCUCAGCCGGGUGGAAGAGACCGGAUUGGUGCUGUCCCUGGAGCAAACGGACCGACCCUCUCGCAGACCCCUACAGCGGGGCACCCCCUCUCAGAAGGACACCCCUAAUCCUGGGGACAGCCUUGAUAUCUCCAGCCCCCGGAUCCUGGCCUUCCUGCACCCGCCUGCCCUGAGCGAGGCCGCCUUGGCCGCUGACCCCCGCCGUUUCUGCAGCCCGGACCUCCGUCGCCUCUUGGCACCCAUUCUUGAUGGUACUUCAGGGGCUGCCACCCCCAGUGCACCCCCAGCUGCCUGGCGCCCCCAGAGCCCUCUUGCGGCAGAUCUUCCCGAUGAGCUGCUCGUGGACAUGGAAAAUGCACACAAGCUCCUGGUCUUAGGAAGAGAUCUCGAGGCAGUGGAGACAGACCUAGAUAUAGCUCAGGACAGUGACGAUGCUCUGGCCCUGGAAAUGCUGGCUCCCUACAUCUCCAUGGACGACGACUUCCAGCUCAACUCCAGCGAGCAGACCCCCAUGGCCUGUCGCAGACUUCGGGGGGCCGUGCCCCGGCCUCGCGCCCAGAGUUUCCAUGGCCCAUCGCCUGCAUCCCCCGAGCCCUCCCUGCUGCCCCGCUGGGGGAGUGACCCUCGGCUGAGCUGCUCCAGCCCUCCCCGAGGGAAGCCCCUUAUGGCUGGUGCCCGGAAGAGAGCUCUGGCCGGGAGCAUAGACGAUGAUGAGGAGCUGUUGGGAGUGAGACCCCCGAAGCGAUCCCCUAGCUUAGAACCUGAAGCCUUCCUGUUGCCGCCACUCAGCCUGAGCUUCCUUCUGACAGGAGGACCAGCUCUGGGCAGCCAACCUGCUCCUGGUACCCCUCUCCUGGAACUCAACGAGUCCCUGGGUUCAGCCUCCCCGCUGCUCUCUCUGUACCCCGGUGACAACACCGCCCAGCCCCGGAGCCACUUCGAGCCAGCGGCAGGCUUGGCCCAGGCCAACUGAGUCAGCGCCUCCCCAUCUCUCCUCCCCUCCUCCUCCUGGCCAAGAAAGGAUCUCAACCACACUCCAAGUCAGCAGCCAAGACACAGGAUGGGCUGUCGGGGGCGAAGGGAGACUCCCACUCUCUCCUCUCAGCGACCCCACCCACCUCAGGCCUACCUCAGCCCCCACCCCUCCAGCCACUCCCAUCUUGGAGGGCUCUUCGGGGUGGUUUCAGCUCAGUGACCUCUGGGAGAGGGGCUGUGGCCCGCUCCUGCUUCUCUCAGGAUUUCCCAUGGGGGUCCCCAUACCGGUUACCUCAUCCAUUUCCGCCCCACUCCUGGCUUUAUUUUGGGUAAUUGGGGGUGGGGAGGUGGGGGGGUUGGGUCCGUGUCUCUGCAUUCUGGGACAUCGGGCUAACAUCCACCAUCCCCUUUUCAUUUUUACCCCUCUCUUUCCUUACCAAUUUUCAUUGUUUCCACGAGAUG